CGGGCGAUAGCGCGGCCCCGCCCGGCCCCGCGCUGUGCCCCCGGCAUGCCCGGGCCAUGAGCGGCCCCGCCGCGCUGCUCUCCGAGCUGCUGCUGCUACUCGCGCUGCUCCGCGUGCCGCCCGCGCAGUGUCUCAAAGAUAGCGCUGUGACUGUCCCAGAAACUCUGCUCUUCAUAUCAACGCUGGAUGGAAACCUCCAUGCAGUCAGUAAGAGCUCCGGCGAUGUCAGGUGGACCCUGAAGGAUGAUCCCAUUCUGCAGGUGCCGGUCUAUGUCGCAGAACCAGCGUUUCUGCCAGACCCCAAUGAUGGCAGCCUAUACAUCCUGGGAGGGAAGAAAAAAGAAGGCUUGAUGAAGCUGCCAUUCACCAUCCCAGAGCUGGUCCAGUCGUCACCGUGCCGCAGCUCGGACGGGGUGCUCUACACAGGGAAGAAGCUGGACACCUGGUUCAUUGUGGACCCCAAGUCAGGGGAGAAGCAGACCACGCUCUCAACAGAGGCCUGGGAUGGGGUGUGUCCCUCCAGCCCACUGCUCUACAUCGGCCGCACCCAGUACGUCAUCACCAUGUAUGACACCAAGACGAGGGAGCUGCGCUGGAAUGCCACCUACUCUGACUACUCGGCACCGCUCUACGAGGAGUCCUACCCCUACAAAAUGUCUCACUUUGCCUCCAGCGGGGACGGGCUGGUGGUGACACUGGACAAGGAGAGCGGCGAGGUGCUGUGGGCACAGAACUAUGGCUCACCCGUGGUUGGCAUCUACAUGUGGCACCAGGACAGCCUGCGGCGCGUCCCCCACCUCAACCUGGCCAUGGAGACACUGCGCUACCUGACCUUCCACUCGCAGGACAUCCACCUCGCCCGCUGGGGCCACCAGGGCAUGAAGGACUUCACGGCCACCAAGACCCAGCUGCUGCCAGCGUUGUACGUGGGGAAGCAUGCGGCCAGCUUCUAUGCCCUGACCUCCCUGGUACACAGCAGUGUAGCACUGGUGCCACAGGGCAUCACGCUGGCCAGGAUUGAUGGCCCCACCACGGAUGACGUGACCAUGAGAGAGUCAGGAGAGUGUGAGAUCACCCCCAGCACCGAUGUCAAGUACCCACAGGACAGCAUCACCGCACUGCACAACCAGUGGCUGUUGAUAGGGCACCAUGAGCUGCCUCCCGUGGUGCACACCACCAUGCUCAGAGCUUUCCCUGAGAACUUGAGGAAGGCAACAGAAACCAUCAUUCCCCGCAGCUCUCCUGCCAGGAAUGUGUUUGAUGAUUUCCUGGCCCCCAGCAGUGCGGAGGAGCUGGCUCUGCGGGGCAGUGAGGGGCAUGUCCCACCCGAGCCUGGCCACAGAGAGCAAACAGAGGUGUACCCGGAUUCUGGUGACUGGGACCUGCUGCUGGCUGCUGUCGGCACAGUGCUGCUGGGUGGUGGGGUCCUGCUGCUCCUCGUCAUGAAGCUGCAGAAGCAGCAUGAGGUGCAGCAGCAGCAGCUGGAGAAGCAGAUUCAGCUCUUGCAGCAGCAACAGCAGGAGAUGCUGCUCCCACAUCGCAGUUCCAGUGAGGGCAUCCCUGCAGCACCCAAACAGCCAGCGGGAAGCAGAGAAAGUGCACCUGGGCUGCAGCCAAGCUCUGAUCCCUGUGCCCCCACGGAGCUGGUGAAUGGGAUGGUGAGCAUGAAGCCGGCAGUGUCUGCAGAAGUGGAGCCCGACGUGGUUGUUGUUGGGAAAGUUUCCUUUAACCCCAAGGAUGUGCUGGGCCACGGAGCGGGAGGGACCUUCGUCUUCAGGGGGCAGUUUGAAGGCCGGAACGUGGCCGUGAAGCGCCUUCUGCCCGAGUGCUUCCACCUCGUGGACCGCGAGGUGCGGCUGCUGCAGGAGUCAGACGAGCACCCACAUGUCGUGCGCUACUUCUGCACCGAGAAGGACAGGCAGUUCCACUACAUCGCUAUUGAGCUCUGCUCUGCCACGCUGCAGGAGUAUGUGGAGAGCCCCAGCUUUGAUCGGCGCAGCCUGGACCCGGUGUCUGUUCUGCACCAGACCAUGUCGGGGCUGGCGCACCUGCACUCGCUCAGCAUCGUUCAUCGUGACCUGAAGCCCUGCAACAUCCUCAUCUCCGUCCCCAACAGCCAUGGGCAGAUCCGAGCCGUCAUCUCUGACUUUGGGCUGUGCAAGAAGCUGCAGGGCGGGCGGCACAGCUUCAGCCUGCGCUCUGGCAUCCCUGGCACUGAGGGCUGGAUUGCACCCGAGGUGCUGCAGGAGGCACCAAAGGAGAACCCCACAUGCGCAGUGGACAUCUUCUCUGCUGGCUGUGUUUUCUACUAUGUGGUGUCUGGAGGGCAGCACCCCUUUGGGGACAGCCUGCGGCGCCAGGCCAACAUCCUGGCAGGUGCCUGCCAGCUGCCCUGCCUGCAGGAGGACGUGCAUGACAAGGUUGUGGCCAGGGAACUGAUCACAUCCAUGCUCAGCAGUGAACCCCAGAAGCGCCCCUCAGCCCCUGCUGUCCUCAUGCACCCCUUCUUCUGGAGCGCAGAGAAGCAGCUGCAGUUCUUCCAGGAUGUCAGCGACCGCGUGGAGAAGGAGCCGGCCGAGGGGGCCCUGAUGGCAGCGCUGGAGGCGGGUGGCCGUGCUGUGGUGAGGACAAACUGGAGGAUGCACAUCUCCCUGCCACUGCAGAUGGACCUGCGCAAAUUCCGCACCUACAAGGGGGGCUCAGUGCGUGACCUGCUGCGCGCCAUGAGGAACAAGAAGCACCACUACCACGAGCUGCCUGCUGAGGUCCGUGAGGCGCUGGGCUCCGUCCCCGACGGCUUCGUGCAGUACUUCACCUCCCGCUUCCCCCGGCUGCUGCUGCACACACACAGCGCCAUGCAGCUCUGCGCCCACGAGCGGCUCUUCCACCCCUACUACAGCUCUGAGCUGGGGGGCACAGGGAGGUGAGCGAGGUCAGCGUGGCUGCAGCACCGCUCCUCGUGCCCCAGGCUGCCGGAGCGUCGACCUUUGGGCUCACCUGUAUGGGACUCGGCCACAGCCAUCCUCCUGGAUGGCCCCGGAACCUUCCGGCAUCCUCCCCACAGAGUUGGACAGGGUGAGAUGAGGACACAGACACUGUGUGAUGUGUGCAGGGUCUACCAAACCCACAGGAGCUUCCGUCUUUGCAAAACCUCAGGGUCAGACAUAGGAGUCUGGAGACCAGAGAAUAAAAAUUCUCUACUGCAGCUGUAGUAUUUUAAGAAGCCAGGGAAGGAAAAAAAAGUUUUCCUGAGAACAGCUGGAAGCACUGCAGCUCAGCAGCUGGAGCCCACAGGUCGCUCCUCAGAUCAGCAGCCUUGUUUCCACGGUUCCUCCUGGGGAAGCAGCUGUCCAUAUGUUUAACACAGAGAUGGGAGCAGAAGGACUGAUAGCACAGGCUGACCCUGGACACGGUCCUUGUCCCCAGCUGACAGCACACAGAUCAGUGCUCAGCAUCUGUCCCAGGGCUUUGGCCUCACUCAUUGCACAGGGUCUGGGAGGGCAUGCCAGCCCCUGGGGGAGGCUCGAGGCCCCCAGCACAGUGCUGAUAGCAGCUGGGUUUGUGCAGGCCCAUUCCUCUUUUACUGUGGUAUGGGCUCUUGUUACAUAGGUAACAAGGCACUUGUGCCUGGUUUAUCUUCAGAACACUGUAUAGCCAAGAACAUUUUAUACAAAAUGUUACAAAAAAAUAAUAAAAAAAAGCUUGUCCUGCUUUAAACCAAAA